AUGUUAUAUUCCACCGCAUACGUCACCUCUCUCCUCCUCCUACUGCCGACCGCAGUCCUUUCACUCCCAACCGACUCCGACACUCUUGUAGCCCGGCAGAGUACUGAACAAAGUCGCGGUGGGGGUAAUACUUGCCCUCCUAGAGGGAAUCCCCAGCAGCUAACUCUCACUUUCGAGGAUAUCCCCACCUACCCCGACAGUGAUUUCUAUCAACUCGGGAACCCUAAUAACGUGCCAUACGAAUAUAACGGCUUCCAAUUCCAGCAGAACGAUCAAUGGUACAUUAUGCGCUGCAAUAACUUUCAGACAAAUACCGCUCUACAGAACUACUACAAAUCAUGUGGCGGUUCAGCUCAGGCGCUUUGGACAGCUGGAACUACCUCCGUACUUCACAUUCCGGCACCCCAGGUGUUCGACGUCGAUUCCUUCUUCGUCACCCCAAUUACAUUCGCAAAUAUCGAUAUUAAAGUGAAAAUAACCGGGAAGACCUCUACCGGAUCCUCAAAGGGACCCUAUGAGAUUAAGGUAAAAGGGGACGUUAGGACCCAGAUUAAGGGUUUGAGAGCGAAAGGAUUUGAGGCUUUGAGAGAGUUCCAGGUGCAGACACUGAAGAUGGAUGGGUCUACUGUGGGUGCCACGAAGAUUGGGGGAUGUGCGCGUUAUUUCAUAUCGAUAUAUAUCAUGAUCAGUUCAAAACUUAAACUAGAACACCUACAAAUAGAUAUACGUAGCGUAUUUCUGAAGUGA